AUGGCCUCAGCCCGGCAGGCGCGCUGGCUGGUGGCGGCGGCUGCCACGCUGGUGCUCCCGCCGCCGCGCCGCGGGCUCGGCUGCGCGGGCGGCGCGGGCACCUUCGUUCAGCAGCACGUGGAGGUCCACGUGCACGUCGCGAGCGGCGCGGACGCCGCACGGGCCGGGCGCGCCGCGGCUGAGGCAGCCGCUGCCGUGCUGGGCGGGACCCCUUGCGGGGCCGGCGCGUCGCCGGCCAAGCAGGCGCCGGAGGCUGGCGCAGCGGCGCGCUGCGGACGGGCUGGUGGCAGCCAGGCUCCGGCGCGCGCCCCGCGCCCUGAGGGCUGGGCCUACGCUGUGUGGCGGCACUCCCUGCGGCCGGAGCUGCGGGGCGUGCACUGCGGCGGCGGCGCGGCUUGGCGGGAGCUGGCGGCGACGCUGCCUGGCGGGCGCUACACGUUCUCGUCGGGCGUGCGGCUGCGGCGGUGCGCCAGCGAGCUGGCGGCCGUGGCUGGCUACGAGGCGGAGGCGGCGAAGCACGAGGCGCCGCUGCCCGCGCCGCUGUUCGACGUGCUGGCCCCGCGGCUCGCUGCGGAGGAGUACGAGUGGGAGAUGCGGGUGGCGGAGCUGACGGACGACUACAUGCCCCUGCAGGUCGACGUCUCGGUGGUGCACCGAGGGUUGAGCGCGGACAGCGCGGGGAUCGCGGUGCCUAUCGUGCCGAUCCGCAAGGCGGGUUCCGUGCUCGCCAUCGCGAUCCCCGCGGACGUGUGCCCGUGGCUGAGCCCCCACUUCGCCGCGCUGGGUGACCCCGUGCAUUUCCUCCCGGCGGUCGACGGCCAGAUGGCGACGGUGGCUUUCGUGAGGGUCAGCUCGGAGGGCGGUGCUUGGAUGGAGCCCGCUACGGGUAGCGGGCAUUGGGCUGGCGAUGGACGCUGGACUGCGGCGCGGGCGCUGGUUUCCCUUGCAGCGUCUCUGCCUGCCGCGGUGGCGGACGACGACAUCAACCCAGAGCGGGACUACUCCAGCGCUCUGGUCCCCGCCCCGCACGCGCUCAGCCCAGAGGACCUCGACGCGGUGCUGGGCGGCGCGCUGGGGUUCGGGCCCUGGCGCGGGCUACUGCGCUUGCGCUGGCCGCCGCCGGAGCCCGAGCCUGGAGGCGAGGACCAGAUCGUGGGGCCCGACGGUCAAGGGCUGCCGGGCAUCGUGACCCCGCCCAACGGGGGCGCCGCUGCUGCAGCGGCCGCGCCUUGGGAGCCGUUGCCCCCGCCCGAGCCUCCCGCCCGCGCUGGUGGCGCCGCCAGCGCCGCUCGCCUGCAGGACUCGGCUGCUGCCGCUGCUCGGGCCGUGACGCCCCAGGGCAAGGUCGCAGCCUUGGCCGCUGGCCGUGCGCGAGCUGCGCGGGGGCGCGCUGGUCCCGCCAGCAGCGCCGAGGAGGAGGACAGCGCCGCCGAGAGCCGCCGCGGCCCCGCGCGGCCCCGCCCGCCCGCGGCCUCGGGCCGCACGACGGUCGCUUCGCUGGCUGCCGUGCUGGAGCGCCUGGAGGCUUGGAAUCAGGACGUGCUGAGGCGCAUGGCGCUGCUGGAGACGGUGGGGCGCCCGCCGGCUGGAGGCGCGGGGCCUGUGGGCGCCGCGGAGCCCGCGCUGGGCGAGGCCGCGCCCGCCCUGCCCGCAGCCGCCCCCUCGCAUCCGCAGGUGCUCGGACCGGCGCGAGGCGCCGCGGCGGAGCUACAGGCCGCAGGCGCGCCGCCUCUGGCUCGCUUCGGGCAGCCCGUAGGCUUGGCGAGCCCGCUGCCGGUCGGCGCCGUGCCCGCUGCCGCAGGCGCGGCUGCGCGAGGCCUCCGCGCUGGGGCGGCUGCAGGGCGUGCCAGCGAGAUGCCUCUGAACGCGGUGCAGGUUGCCCAGGCCCGCGCCUCCUACGCUCGUGCCCACGGCGUGCCGCUCGCCGACGUCACCGAGGGCGAGGUGCGCAGGUCGGCGGAGGGCAUCUUUGUGUGGUGCCAGGCUGCCGUGGCCGAGCUGCAGCGGAUGCCUGCUGGCGCGGGGCCCGACGCGCUGGACGGGCUAUUGCAGCCGGGCCUCGACGAUGGGUCCGCCGCUGCUGGCAAGAUGCCAGGGGCCCGCGGCGCUGCCAGCAUGACAGCCAUGAUCAGGAGGAACGCGGAGGUGGCGCUGGCGGGCACGUCGGGCGGCCCCGACCCGCGCGUGCGCAGCCUGGUGGAGUUCGUGGUCAGGACGGGCACGAUCAAUCGCGGCAACAGGACGGCGGCCUACCUAGGCUUCGGGAUCGCGCGGCUCGCGGACCUGUUAGCGCGAGGCCAGCUCGAGGCGGCGGAGGCGGUCAUCCUGCUGCUGCUGACGGCGCUGGAGCAGGCGCAGAGGGACAGCGGGCGCUGGCAGCUGGCCUGGCUCCUCACUCACCUGCCCGAGCCGCCGUGGUCUCAGAUGACGACAGGCUCCAGCGGCUCGGUGGACAGCCUGCGGCCCUUCGGCCACCUGGCCGAGCCGACGUGGACCACGGCAGCGAUGGCCUACACCAAGGACGCAGCCUCCCUGGCCGAGAUCAGGAAGAAGUUCAACGACGACCGCGGCGGCGGCAAGAAGGCUGGUUUGCCGCGGGUGCAGAUCGGCAUGGUGCGCCGCUUGCUGCGGGCCAGGACCAGUCUGGCCUACUACUUGUAUUCGUGCAGGCAUUUCUCCGGCACGCCGUCGGACUCCCCGGCGCGUACCUGCUUGAAGUUGUUCCAUAUGGCGCCGCCCUACUCGUGGACCAUCGGCGCCCCUCCGUGCUCCAGCCCGCGCUGCAGGGACCGCUGGAAGAAGGCGCAGGUGGCGAAGCUGCAGGUGAACCUGGUAGUGGUCGCGUGCUCCUUCCUGGCGCUCGGCUCGCGGCGGCGGUGCCCGGACGCUUACAGGACGGGGGUGGGCUUGAGUGAAGUGCAGCGAGAGCGGCUCCCGCACCUCCUCGCCCUUGCCAAGCAGUGGAGCCGCACGCCCUACCACAUGAGCGGCCGCGGCAAGAUGAAGCUACAGGCGCUUCUCGAAUUCGGUGUGCAACUGCGUGGAGCCGCACCCGAGCAGCAGGUGCGCGCUCCACCCCCUCUCGCGGUGGCGCCCUUCGUGGCCAGCCGCGCGACCUUCUGCAAGCAGGAGGCCCACUUCGACCCUGUGUACCACCUGCCCGUUUUCGAGGCGGCGGCGUACCUGGACCCGGAGCUGAUCUUGAGGGGCGUCCCGCUCGAGCAUGGCUUGAAGGCUAUGCGACAGUCUAGGAACAUGAAUCAGAUCGUGGAGUUCGCUUCGGAUUUGGAUCGUUCCCACAAGCUGUAUUUGGCGAGACCAGGCGAGGUGGGCAUGGGCCAGGCUUGUAAGCUCAUCCCCGUCUACCGUGAUCAGCACCGAGAUCGUAUAGUGUGGGGUCGCAGGAUACGGAACGCGGCCGAGCACGCGCUGCAGUCGGGCAGUCAGCGCCUGGUCUCUGGGCACGCGCUGUGCGACUACGAGCUGAACGAGGGCUUCGUGCCCGUGCUGUUCGCGGAGGACGUGGCCGAUUUCUACCCCGCCUUCGACUCUACGCCGGCCAAGGCGCGCACCAACAUCCUGGGGCGCAAGGUCCCCACGUACUUGCUGAAUCACACCAAGGCGUACGCGGCGCGCCGCGCCGAGCUGGGGGAGCACUGCGUGGCGUGCGUGGCCAGCCUGCUCAUGGGGGACCUGAACGCCAUCGACUUCGCCCAGGGCGCGCACGAGGCCGUGCUGCAGGCGGGGGGCUCGCUGGCGGACGCAGUGCGGGUGCAGCGCCAUCGGCCUUUCCCGAGGGGCGCCCCCGCGGAGCUGCUGCAGAUCGACGACCGCAUCGGCCUGGGGCAGCGGGCGCGGGGCUCUCGGCAGCUGCCGCGCGAGCUGGUGCAGUCCUUCGCUGGAGCCCGCGAGCAGUGCGCGCAGGUGGGGCUGAGGGCCGCGGGCGACAAGCGCGUGGCAGGCGCCUCCGCGGGCUUCGCGCUGGGAGCGGAGGUGCUGUCUUCGGGACAUAUCGGCGCUGAACGUCUGCGGCGUGCUGGCCUGGCGCUGCUAUCCUCUGGCAUUGCGGCGCACGGCCUCGCGACGGGCGCCCUGCUCAGGAGGACAGUGGCCAGCUGGGUACAUGUCGUGGGCUUUCGGCGGCCCGCUAUGUGCCUGCCGGGCGAGGUGUUCCGUGCGCUGCCGGCGAUGCCGCUUGACGACGACGUCUUCGAGCUGAGCGCGGGCGCGCGGCAGGGGCUGAUGCUGUUGUCCAUGCUGGCGCCUACGCUGGUCACCAACCUCAAGGCGAAGGUAGCGAGCAGGGUGGUGUGCAGCGGCGCCUCGCACCACUUCAUGGCUGCCGUCGAGGCCGACGUCGCCCAGCCGGUGGUUCGCGAGAUCUGGCGGCACAGGGACAAGCGCGGGUGGUACACGCAGCUCACCAGCAAGGAGGUGGCCUACAUCCGCGCGCACAGGCGACUGGAGGAUCGAGCCUGGCUGCAGGUGUUCGACGUGCUGGAGGUCUGCAGCGGGCGUGAUGCCCCUUGGUCCUCGGCGCAUGCGGCCGCCGGGCUGCGAGUGGGGCCCAGGAUCGACCCCAAGACGCAUCCGCUUUGGGACCUGCGCUCCGUCCGCAUCGUGGAGUGGAUCCUCUUCCUGAUCAUCAACGGCUGGGUCGCCAACGUGCACUGCGCCCCGCCGUGCGCCACGUUUUCGUUGGCGCGGCAGCCGCGGUUGCGCUCGCGAGCCCAGCCGCUGGGCCUGGAUCCUACUGAUCCUACGACGCGCCUGGGUACCGUCCUGCUCUACAGGGUGCUCCUCAUCCUGUGGGCCGCGCUCAAGUGCGACAGGCUCGGGUCCAUGGAGCAUCCCGCUGGCGCUUAUUCGUGGUACGUGCCGGCGAUGCGGUCGCUGCUCGCCAAACCUGGCUGUGGCUCACUGGACUUUGCGGCCUGUGCCUUCGGCGCGCCGUGCCAGAAGCCGACGCGGCUAGGUCUGGUGAACGGCGGCUUCCUGCAGCCGCUGUCCCGCCCCUGCGUGCAUGGGCGCCGCGCUCGUAGCCGCCCGCUGGUCGGUGCGGCGCGCGCGGCGCCGGCGGCCGCCUACGCGGCCGAGCUGUGCGCCAUCUGGGCCGAGCUGACGCGGGCGCAUCUGGCAGCCAGGGCCCCGCUGGGAGGACCCGAGCAGGCGCCGGCCGCGGCUGGCGGGCGACUGGAGCAGCCUUUCGUCAACGACCUGAUCCGCUGCUGCCGCUGGCGCGCUUUCACCUGUGACCCCUGCCCGCCGGCGACGGGCUUACCUCGGCGGAGCAACUGGGCCGAGGCCGCGGAGCAACUGAAACCAAGCGGCG